AUGACAAACCAGAAAAACCAAGAUGUGGCAAUCAAGAAUUUGGAAACUCAAGUGGGGCAAAUGGAAAAACAAAUUGCAGCUAAUCAGUCGAAUUUGACAUUCUCCGCCAACACUCAAGAGAAUCCGAAAGAACAUUGCAAAGCAGUGGUAACUAGAACUGGUCAAAAAGGUGGUAAUGAGGAAAUUGAAGCCAAUGGUACUGAGAAGGAAGAUGAUAAUCGUGCUGCGGAAGAUGAGGAAAAUGAAAUUGUUGUUAGUGAGAUGAGCAAAGAAGAGGAAAAUAACAAGGCAUCGCGGUGCGUAGAUAAACAGGCGAGGCGCGCCAGUGGUAAAACGACCAGCAAUGUGAUCCCCAGCCAACAUCUCCCAUAUCCACAUGCACCAUCAAAGAAUGAUCAUGCUAGGAAGGAUGCAAGGUUUAUGGAAAUUUUCAAGCAAUUACAAAUCAACAUUCCAUUCUCCGAAGCCAUUGCCCAAAUGCCAAAGUAUGCAAAAUUCAUGAAGGAUAUUUUGACAAAGAAGAAGAGACCAGAAGAGGAAGAAGUUGUUGUUCUUGAUGCCCAGUGUAGUGCUAUAGUAUCCCGUCUCCCUCAAAAAGCAAGAGAUCCAGGACGAGUUACACUACUAGUCACCAUGGGUAAUCAGCACAUUGGGAAUGGAUUGAUAGAUCUAGGUUCAAGCAUCAAUCUAAUCCCUCUAUCAAUAGUGAAGCGAUUGGGAAACAUUGAGACGAAGUCAACCAGAAUGACCUUACAACUAGCAGAUAAGUCCACCACUCUUCCCUACGGUGUUGCACAAGAUAUGUUAGUAAAGGUAGACAAAUUCCAGUUUCCGGUAGACUUUGUUGUGAUUGAUAUGGAAGAGGAUAAAGAGUCCCCAAUUAUUCUUGGAAGGCCAUUCAUGAAAACAGCCCGGAUGAUGAUAGAUAUCGACGAUAGUAUUAUGAAGCUAAGAGUCCAAGACGACGAGGUAUGCUUUAAUCUCUUCGACGCCAUGAAACAACUUAAGGAUAAAAGCGAUUGUUUCCGCCUAGAUGUCACCGAAGAAGUAGCAAUAGAGGUGGCAAGUGAAAUCCAUCUUUCUAAUUCAUUAGAAAGAUCCCUUGUCGAUUCAUUUAAUGUGCUGACUCAAGAGGAAGAAAAGGAAAUCGAAGUAUUUGUGAAGGAACUAGAAAAGGGAGGAAACAUGAAUGAUAAGGAUGGGAAAGUGGAAACAUUAGACCCGCCAAUAGAAGUGAAGGAAACAAAGAUGGAACUAAAGCUACUCCCAACUCAUCUGAAAUAUGUUUUUUUAGAUAAGGAGGGAAAGAAACCAGUAGUUAUUAGUUCAAAGCUGACUACACAAGAAGAAGAAAGACUACUUCAAAUCCUACAAAAGAAUAAAGCUGCAAUCGGAUGGGUCUUGGCCGAUUUAAAAGUUAUAAGUCCAGCAUAUUGUAUGCACAAAAUCAUGUUGGAAGAAGAAUUCAAACCGGUAGCUCAACCGCAAAGAAGGUUAAAUCCAACUAUGGAAGAAGUAGUAAGAAAAGAAGUAGUCAAACUCUUGGAAGCAAGAAUGAUUUACCCAAUUUUAGAUAGCGCAUGGGUGAGCCCAGUACAAGUAGAACCGAAGAAAGGAGGUUUAUACGAUGUUGGGAAAAAUGGUAAUUUUCUGUCACAGCAGCGUAGGAACCGGUUCCCAAGUGGGAGGAACCAAGUUCCAGUAGUAGAAACCAGAAGCGAAGGAAUUUUGUACAGAAGGAACCGGUUCCCAUGUAGGUACAAUCCGGUUCUUAGUAGUAAAAUCAGAGAGGAGUUUCUGAAGGAUUUCAGGAACCGGUUCACACGUAGGGAGGAACCGGGUUCUGCGUAA